AUGCCCUUGAUCAUGGAGGACGGUAUCAACGUGGAUGACCUCUUUGGAGAACCCAACUCCCUGGAGUUGGGUUUGCCGCCCGCCUCCCCAAUCAAAGGCCUAGCACAAUGCCUAGAUGAAAUGCGCCUACUUGGCUGUUGCCAGAAAGUCGCUUGGUCUCGGAUGGGAUGUAUUGCAUCUAUUUCCCCAGAUGGACUCCGGGUGAUUGUCCGCCAUCUCCAGUGCCGUCCAUCAGAUGGCAAAUGGGUGCUCGGGGAAGAGUCACCUUUAGCUCCAGUCUUGGAAGCCCAUAAUGGCAAUCAACUAGCCCAUUUAUCAUGGAAUGAGACUGGCUCAGAACUCGCCGUUGUUGACUGUUCUGGUCGCAUAUCAAUUUAUUCCAUUUCCAUUGCAUUGAACAGCAUCACAGGCCUGCGCCAGGCCUCAUUUGACUCCGGCGACGAUGGCAAUCAGGUUGUUGGAAUGAUGUGGCUGAACUCCCAGCGUUAUGUGCAUGCGUUUCACCAGGCAGCCAAGGUGAAUGGUCGAUGGGCAUAUUCACCUUUCCGUCGACGUCCCGUCGGGCCAUUCCACCCAGCCAACAAAGGCGCAUUGAUAUGUGUGACCAGAGCCGGCCAGAUCAAGCUGAUAUAUCAGAACCCUGAUAGCAAAUGGGCCGAGUUGCCAGCUGAACUGAAGAACACAGGCUACUCGGACAGACUAUUAACGCAUGCAUCCAUGACCGCAACACAAGCUGGGAUCCUUCUCUCCACAUACUCCGUAUGCCAGAAAAUGUGUCUUUAUAGAGUACACAUCUGCUGGAACCCGCCACAAUGGGAACCGGCGCAGGGAAAACAGACUGGCCAAUUCCCCGUCCCCACCUUCCGCUUCAUCCACUGUAAGGUCGACAUGCCCAGCAAUAUAUUGAACGUCAACCGUGGCCCGGACCACUCCGAUCAGUCUUUGCCGUUUUUGAACUCGGUAUACUCGUUGACACGACUAGAGAUCAUGCCGGGACAGUUUGAUAGCCCCGCGGGGUCCACUGGCAAUCCCUGGAUUCUGGCUGUCUUAUCGAAGGCCCUCCAUGCCGUACAUGACUAUCCGGACCAACAAGGUCCGCCGAGUGUAAUAGUCAGGUGGCAUUUGGAAUCUACCCCCCAGGUCCUCCAUCCCAAGUUCGACGAGGUGACCUCAAAAAAGAGCAACACUCAAGCAAAGGGCAGAAUGGAACUGCGCAGGUUAGAUGACGUUUUUUGCGAUAAAUACAUUGUCUCGGUCGAUAUAGUAGAGCAUGGGACUGUUCUGGCCGUCAGUCACGAUGACAGCUCAAUAACAUGCUAUGACACGCGGACAAUGGCCGUUUUAAAUGGCUUUGACGAUUCAUCCACAGUAACCUGCCUGGCUCAGGCCGGGUUCCAAUAUCCACUCGAAACAUCAGGUCUUCAUAUUGCUUUCUCUCCUAAUGCUUGCGUUGCCGUUACGCUGGAUAGUGACGGACAUAUGCAAUUGAGGCUGAUGGAGCAUUCAUUCGGAUCCACACAGGGUAUCUAUGACGAGAACAAUUUUUCCACGGCCAUUGCAGCUUUGACAUUGGCAUUCAGUCGAGGCUGUGGAGUUGAUUUCAAUACAGAUGACAUACUCAUGGUUGCUCUCGCACAGCUAUCACCAGAGGCUCAAAUCACGUUCAUCAGCGAGGUGUAUCGCGCACUGCCGAUUAAUUGCAAUUUCACAGCUGAACAGGAUAAACUUAUGAGCCAUCCGUACAUACCCCGCUGUCUCAGCUUACAGGCCGGACUGGGCUUCAAAGGGAGACUCAAGCGGCGUAACUUGUCAUCGGCCGUGCCGUGGGCAAGCCUUCAACUCAGACAUGCCUCGGUUCUAUUUGCAUAUUUCUUCCAGUAUAAUAAAGGGGUACCGACUGAAUCGCAUGAUCCAGAUGUUUUAAAGAUGGUGUUGGGUAAUACCAAAUGGACAUUAGACUUCUCUCACUUCCUUCUAAACGAAAUAUUCGACAUGGCCGACGACUUCGAAGAUGUCUUCAAUGACCCCGAAGCAUUCACACAGAAGUGUAAGGAACAUCCCCAUAACAAAAACUCCAGCUUCAAGCACACCCAUCUCACUAUCAUCACAGUGAAAAACUCCUCCUCUCUCCCCCUCCUAAUCCUCCUCUCAAGCAUGUCACGAGCCUUCCUCCGCUUCAUCUGCCGUGGCCUCCGCGGCGUGCAUGCCGGUUUCGCAAGCACAACCCCUGCCUCACUUACAGACGACUCCCGAAUCUACUACACAGAGAUCUGCCAAACACUAGAAUCAUCACCGGUCCGAAUCGACGUGUACGAGAAGUUCCUAGCAGGAGUCGACUCAGCCGUGAAGCACGCCUACCAAGGCGCUGGCUUUGGUGACGCUGAAAAACCCGGCCCGGAAAAGGAACUACUAGUUAACGCGCGCAUCCCGCCAGUCCUCACCACGGCCGUGGCCACUCUCCUCCGGCAGACAGUCCCGGCCCUCAAAUCUGAAAUCAACCGCAUGGGUAUUUACCUCGGCGAUUACAGCUGGCUCGGUUUUGCAAAUGACAGACGCACGGCGCUGUAUCGUAAACAGCGCGAAGUCGAUAUCCUCAAGAAGUGUCCGUUGCGCCCGCCGUUGCCGUUGGGGAAUGAUGGUCGCGUGGCGCCAUUGAAGAAGCGCAGGUGUGCGCGCUGUUGUGAGGUUUCUGGUGACACGAACCUACCCCGGUCGCUUCUGUCGUUCAAGAUGAUUGCUAAAUUGGGGCUGUUGCGGUCUUGCCUUUGCGGGGGGAUGUGGGUUCUUGAGACGGAUAAUGGGGAUAAUGCGGAUCUUGGGGUUAGGACUGUGAAUGCGACUGGCAGUGGCAACAGGGUUAGCCAGACUUAG